AUGACUCCUGCCCUCUCAGUCCUGCUAUGCCUUGGGCUGUGUCUGUGCAAGAGGACAAGGACCCAGGAAGCAGAAAGAUUCCCCAAACCCUCCCUCAGGGCAGAGAAUGGCUCUUUGGUGCCCCAAGGGGGAGCUGUGACCCUCAGGUGCAGGGGGUCAUGGGAGGCUGAAGAGUGGCGGCUGGGGAAAAAGCAAGAAUCUGGAUGGUCACAGAUCAAAGCUAUGAGAAAAGCUGGAAACGAGGGCGAGUUUUCCCUCCCAUCUGCGACAGCAUAUGAUGCAGGGACUUACCGGUGCCGCCACAGACAUUCAUCCUAUGGGUGGUCAGAGCCCAGUGACCCCCUGGAGCUGGUGGUGACAGGCCUCUCUAACCAGCCCUCCCUGGCAGCCCUGCCCAGCUCUGAGGUGGCCCCAGGACAGAACGUGACCCUGCAGUGUUGGUCAGAGUGGUGGUAUAACAGGUGUGUCCUGUACAAGGAUGGAGAAGAGAUCAGCCGAGGCAGGAUGCAGAGCCAUGGAAGGGGGCGUCAGGCUGACUUCUUCUUCCCUGCUGUGAAUCUGACCCACGAUGGCACUUACCGAUGCUAUGGCUUUUAUAGUUAUUACCCCUAUGAGUGGUCCUCCCCCAGCGCCCCCCUGGUGCUCAGGGUCUCAGGUGAGGCAGCCCCAGCCCCUCCCAGCCCCCCACCUCUCCCAAGCUCCCUCCCUGCCUGCUCAGGGCCUGUCCCAGGGGACCCCAGAGGCUUCUCUGGACACCCCUGCAGAGCCGCUAAUGCUGCCCCUUCCUCUCCAAGCCCUGAUUUUGAGAAUGGGUCCAUAGCUGAGUACCUGGAGGAUUCCUGA